CUGUCCGCGGCGCUGCCUGCGCCGGCCCGGGGCGGGUCCGCCUGGCCAAGGACGCCGCCGCCGCCGAAAGCGAAAUGCUGGAGGCCCCACCCCUGCUGUUGGCAGCCUUCUCAUUGGGCCUGGUGCUGCUGGUGCUGCUGCUGUGCCACUCCUACUCGGGCUUUCUCCUUAUCUGCUGGAAUGAGUUCGUCCUGCAGCCCCUCUACAACCUGUUCAUGGGCGACACCAAGGAGCAGCGCAUCCUGCGUCAUGUGCUGCAGCAUGCGGUGGCCGGGGACCCACAAAGUGUGCUGGAGGCCAUCGAUACCUACUGUUUACAGAAGGAGUGGGCUAUGAAUGUGGGUGACAAGAAAGGCCAGAUCUUGGAUGCAGUGGUGCGGGAGCAGCGCCCAUCGGUGCUGCUAGAGCUGGGGGCCUACUGCGGCUACUCAGCCGUGCGCAUGGCCCGCCUGCUGGAGCCCGGGGCCCGACUGCUCACCAUUGAGCUCAACCCUGACUACGCCGCCAUCACCCAGCAGAUGCUGGACUUUGCAGGCCUGCAGGACAGGGUAACCGUUGUGGCCGGGCCAUCCCAGGACAUCAUCCCCCAGCUGAAGAAGAAAUACGAUGUGGACAUGCUAGACAUGGUCUUCCUUGACCACUGGAAGGACCGGUACCUGCCAGACACUCUUCUCCUGGAGGAGUGUGGCCUGCUACGGAAGGGGACAGUGUUGCUGGCCGACAACGUCAUCUGCCCAGGAACACCAGAAUUCCUGGCAUAUGUGCGCAACAGCAGCCGCUUUGAGUGCACACACUUCACCUCGUACCUGGAGUACUCGACAGUAGUGGAUGGCCUCGAGAAGGCUGUCUACAUGGGCCAGGAUGGCCCAGCACAGCCUUGACCACCCACCCUGCUCCAGGCUCCCUUGCCAAGCCUGGUUAUGAAAAGCACAACAGAUGCACCUCCGCCAACCCUGCUUUUGCAGUUCUGGGGUCUGUCCUCAAUGUAGCACACUUGAGGCUUGUGAGGCCAAAGCCUGCCUACACUGGACCCUCUGCACGGCGACUCUGGGCUGUCACCACUGGUCCACCCUAAGUGCAGCCAGCUUACCAUGCACAAUCACUGCAAUACAUCUGGAAAGUACGUUUGUAAAUACCAAUCAGAACAGGUGGUGCCUGUGAUGGUGUCACUCACUCCCACCAGCAUUUUCGAUCAAUUAGGUUUCUUACAUCGACAGGUCCUCAGGCACUGACAUAUUCAGCAGACAUUGGAAGUGGGGG